AUGGCAGAAGCCGCUCCUCCAAAGCGAGACGCUGACGUCCGUGUGCUGCCUCUACCUGAGCCGUCAAUCGACCAUUCUCCUCACCUAUGGAAGUUCACCUCGACUGAUCUCCUACAGAUCUACGUCGGCUCGCAGAGUGGGGUGCAGCGUAUUUUCAAUGUCCACGAGGGACUGCUCAAGUCCCAAUCUCUCUUCUUUCGCGGCAUGCUGCGCAACAACUUUCCCGAAACUAGAGAUCGUGUGAUCAGACUUCCAGACGACGACGUCAGGACCUUCGCUGUGUUUCUUCAGUGGCUGUAUACCGGGAAAUCUCCGGUAGUAACAUCGAUCUUUCGCAGCCUGAAACUGAAUUGCCCUUUCAAACGCCACGAAGCACAUCUGCUCGAACCCAAAAAGAAAGGAGCAUCCAGCAGCGUGCGCCUACUAUUCUCAUCCUAUAUCUUCGCGGACAAAAUCCAAGCCCCCUGGUUCAAAAACCACAUCCACAACCAACUCAUCGCUGGUGUAACUAGCGUUCCAUGUCCUUUGCUCACCGUAGGUGAUAUUCGCUACGUCUACGCAAAUACACAAGACGGCGAAGAAGAGGAUAGCCUACUUCGACUCUGUUGCCUAGCAAUAUCAUGUGGACCGAACCUGGAUUCUCUCCUGGAGGAUCCUGAGUUUUUGGAGCUCUGUUUUGAGGUUAAGUCGUUUGGGGUGCGGGUAUUGAAACGUUGCAGGACGCGGAUCACCGCACCAGCGGCAGCACCAAAGCCGAAGGGACGAAAGCGCGGCUAA